AUGUCAACUAAUGACGAAUUACCACUAACUGUAGCAGAAGAAAAGGAGCAAGAAUUUUUGCUGAAAGAACUCCAGCAAGUACCACCUUUCAGAGGUGCCUCGGAAGACAAUUUGGCACUCUUUAUAUCUGCGGUGGAAUACCUGAUGGGAAAAAUUAUUGGACAAGCCAACAUCAUCAAAGCUACCUUCACCUUACAUCACAAAAUACAAGGAGAAGCAAUAAGAGCAUUAAAUGCUCUCACACACUUAGCCCCAUGGAGGGACGUUAAAAAUAGUCUGGUAAGGAAUUAUAGUGUAAAAGAAAGUUAUUUAAAACUAGCUCAAGAAGUAGGAUCAGUUCAAGAAAGAAAUACAAAUAAAUUGUAUGAAAAAUUAGAUAGUUUAUUACAGAAAAUACAAACUAAGGCACAGCUCGAGCCUAAUUUUUUAUAUACCCAAAGCAACAAUGAAUUGUUAAUACUAGAAGCUUUCAAAAGUAAUUUAACUUCUAGUCAGAAAGCCAUAAUCAUUGCAAGUAAAUGUACUACUAUGAUGCAAGCAUAUGAUUUAUUGGAAUCAAAUUCCAUGUUAAAUAAUGACUAUGUAAAAAAACCCAUAGAUACGAAUAAAAAUUUCAAUAAUUACAUUCCUAAACAGAAUCAUUUCGUACCUAGAUAUAAUAACAUGAAUAAAAAUCCCAAUAAUGUUCAAAGAAAUAAUAAUUUAGGAAUGAAUUCAGCUCAAAUAAGGACAAAUAAUAAUCAGGUCUUAGGUAACCACAGACAGAAUCCUUUUAGAGAUUAUAAAUUCGGAUUCCAACAUAAUUAUAAUUACCAACCUCAAAAUAGAAAUUAUCAAGGUCAAAAUAAUAAUUAUCAAAGUCAAAAUUAUUAUCGGAACCCUAAUUAUAGUAGACAGAUAAGACAAGAACCAAUGGAAGUUAAUCGUCUUACCGACGAACAAAAUAAAAAUAGUGAAGAAGUAAAUUUUAUUCAAGGGGGUCAACGACACUUCCUGUCGUAG